AGGUAUUCACUCUGUGGCUGUCGUGGUCGCAUAUUAUCUUACUGUCCGAUGACAUAACUUUUUAUUAGUGUGCGGUUGUACACAUUCUAGCGGAGAUGUGCGUUAUCUAAGUUAGGAAGAAGAAGAACAUUUACCAACAGUGGGCGAUUAUAAUGAAAGUGAUGCCAAUUUUAGUUUUAGAUGGAGUCAGAACAGAAAGGAGAGUUGUCGAACCGUGAAGCGGUGGCAGACAUGCUAGAUUAUUGUAGAAGGGAGACGAGAAAUGUCGUAAAUUCAUAUGCACAGAGGGCAGAGAGUGCGGUGGAUCAGACAUCGAAGGUGUUAGGCGAUGCAGCGGACGAGGUCCAUGAGAAGUUGAGUUCGGACGCUGAACAAUCACACGACGAAAAAAAAGAGUCUAGGGAGAACUCUGCUGCGCCAGAGAACCCUUCUAAUAAGGCAGCGGGCGAGCAGCCCUCUGGUGAAAAAUUAGAUGGUAUUUUUGGCAAUAUCGCAAAAGUGUUUGGGGGUGGUUGGGGUUUCAUUGUCGAUAGUCUGAACGGUGUGGCUCGAGGAAUUCGCAGAGACAUCGCUCAGCCUAGUAAAGAAGAAAAGGAGGAGCUCAGAGAUAGUCUUGUUCAAUUAACUCGAAAGGUGGGCAGUGACCCCGACAUUAAGAAUGACAAGAUAAAGCCAGCAGCACUCCAGAGUCGUGUCUCGACGACGCAAGGUAUGGUGGACGAGGAGAUGGACAGCAGCGCAGCGGGGAUUUUCCUUGACCCACUGGAGGACCAGGAAGAUUUCGACAAGUGGAUGAGCAAGUUUGAUUUAGACUCAGUGGUUGAGAAGAAUUUGGUGACUAUUGCUACCAAUGAGGAAAUUUCUCGUCUCUAUGAGAAGCUGGUCCCAUCCGAACUUUCGGAGGAGCUGUUUUGGGGUAGAUAUUACUACCAUAUCGAGAAAUGCUCUGGCGACGGUCAGCCGACACCGGCGGAGGGUGAAAAAGGUGGCAAUGAGAAAGAGGUGGAGGGUGAAAAAGGUGACAAUGAGAAAGAGGCGAAGGGUGAAAAAGAUGAUAACGAGAAAGAGGUAAAAGGUGAAGGAGAUGAUAAUGAGAAAGAGGCGAAGGGUGAAGAAGGUGACAAUGAGAAAGAGGCGAAGGGUGAAGAAGGUGACAAUGAGAAAGAGGCGAAGGGUGAAGAAGGUGACAAUGAGAAAGAGGCGAAGGGUGAAAAAGACGAUAACGAGAAAGAGGCAGAGCAGCAGCGAAAAGAGGAAGAUAAAGAGGACAAGGGAUGCGAUGAUACAGAUCAGAAUGGAGAUAAUGGAGAGAAACGAGAAGAGAAACCUCUUGCAGAGGAGGAGAAAGGUAAGCAGGAAUAAAGAGCUUAGAUUUUAGGUGUGUGUGUUUGUGCAGAUUUGUGCAGAGACGGGGGGUGUAGAGACUCUCAGGUUUAGGAGAGUGCGAAUUUAGACAUUCUGCAGUUGAGAAUGAUACGGGCAUAAACUUGGUGAACAGAGAUCUACGGUCUGGACUGGUGCGUAUGAUGUGGGGGACUGUAGCAGAAGUUUGUUACAGGUAAUAAAAAAAAAAUUGUGUAAUGGU